ACCCCGUGAAGCCUCCGGUAUUAUUUGGUCAAAUAUUAUCCGGUUACAAAAGCAGCAGGUGGAGAGACUGGUUGUAUCUGAGAAAGUCAGUCGAGAGAGGAGUUAGUAGUAAAGAGAAAGACAGAAGACAACAUGGACAGGACGGUCAGCCUUCCCAAUCAGCCCGACAAAAGCACCACAGUGACUCUGGUUGAGAGCUGCAGCGCCCCCAGCGGGCUGGAACUGGUCAGUUCCUACCAGACCACCAGAGUGGGAGACCCCAUGGACCUGGUGGCGCUGGCAGCACAAGUACAGAAGGGAGAGGAUUUCAUUAAGGCCAAUGCUUGCAACAAACUGACAGUCAUUGCUGACCAGAUCAGAUACCUACAGGAACAGGCAAGAAAGGUUUUAGAAGAGGCUAAAAGAGAUGCUGACCUCCACCAUGCGGCCUGUAACAUUGUGAAGAAACCAGGAAACAUGUAUUACCUCUACCAGAGGGAUUCUGGGCAGAAAUACUUCUCCAUCAUCUCUCCUAAGGAAUGGGGUCCAAGUUGCCCUCACUCGUUUGUCGGUGCAUUCAAACUUCAACAUGACAUGUCCUGGACCCCCAUAGACGAGGUGGAGAAGAAGGACUCAGAGUUCGCCAUCAUGGACAAACUGCUCAGCCAACAGACUGCCUUACCAUCUUACACAGGACCCAACUUCAAGGGCCUCUCUGAUUAGAGGACUGCUGAACUGGACUGGAUUAAAGGACUGGAAUUUUACAAGGAGACCGGGUGGAGGCUAAACUAUGGUCUUAAUGGACAAAACUCUGUACAUGGAUUGGGGUUGCUGAUAUAAAAGUAUCCGCCACACAGUGUCUUGGUGACUUUCAUACACGGUUGCAUUACUACGUUGAGUUUCUGUCAACAAUACGUUUUUGUUUGUAUGUAUACAAACAAAAACAGUUAGCUACACUGGGUUAAAUAUUAUCAACAUUCAUCACAAGGCUACAUUUUAAAGCUGCUUUGUUGCCUGUUUUCUUGUAAACAAACAAAAGUUCUGUUUUUUUUCAGUGUUUCUCACCAAAAGGCAGUGUGUAUCUUAGAGGUUCAACAAACACGAUAACAGCAUUUUCUGCAGUGCUUUCAAAAAUAUAUUUGAAAUUGUUCAUUGUUUACGUACAUGUUUGCUGGUAGUCGUCUUCUUCACUGCCUUUGUUGGCGCGUUACAACCAACAACCGCAGAAUAGCGAGAAUUCAACAGCAGGAUGUGAAUUGUGAGUACCGUAUGAUUUUAAAAAAACAAAGAAACAUAAUAAAUACAUUGCUCAGUAGCGCUCCUAGUGGUCAGAAACACCACAGGCUACCUUUAAUCUGCCCUGCAGCCCACACUCAGUUCUGCCCCUGGGUUCUAACUUUGAUUUUGUAUGGCCUUAUUUUUCUAUGGCAGGGAAAUACAACUUCUGUUGAGCCAUCUAUCAGUGGAUCAAGUAAAUGAUGUGUUUUGUCUAACAUUUAUUGACAAA